ACCACUUGCAUCUCCUUUAAAAGAAAUCACAGUAGAAAGAGAAAGGUAGAGAGAGAAGGGGGCCAUGGCCGAUUUUUCUAGAGCUUUUCUUAAAUUGUCAGAGAACAAUAAAGAGCUUUAAUCUUAGCUGUUCUUCUUGUCCAGUAAUGGCCGAGAGCCCAUAAUACUUUGUCUCCAUCUUCCGCUUUAAAUCCACCUCUCUUUCAACCCUCAGAAUUUUCAGAUAGCGAAAAGGCAGGCAGGCAGGCAGGCAGGAACAGAGAGAGAGCUGAAAUCGUGCUGCAAGAUUCUGUUCGGUUUUUUAUUUCUUUCUGUUGAAGAAAGAAUCAUGAAGAUCCGUUGCGAUGUUUGUGAUCAGGCUGAGGCUUCUGUUUUUUGUUAUGCUGAUGAAGCUGCUCUUUGCCAUGGCUGUGAUCUCCAUGUUCACCGCGCCAACAAGCUCGCUGGAAAGCACUCACGAUUCUCGUUAAUUCAGCCGAUCAAAAAGGAUUCUCCUCGUUGCGAUAUCUGUCAGGAACGUCGCGCGCUCGUUUUCUGUCAACAAGAUAGGGCAAUAAUUUGCAGAGAAUGCGACAUUUCGAUUCACGAAACGAACGAACAUACGCAGAAGCACAGCCGAUUUCUUCUCACAGGUGUGAAGCUUUCUUCGACUUGUUUUUCGUCCCAAACAUCUUCGUCCUCCCAUGGCUGCGAUGCGGCGAUGGAUGUUAAAACUGGAAGCUCUCACGCUUGCAGCAAGAAGCCUAAAAUAGCCGUGAAGGCAAUCAGCUCUCAUUCCGCUGAAAAAGCUGCUCCAUCGACAAGUAAUUACAAGGUCGAAGACGGCCAAGCAAGCGACGGCGGUUCCUUCUCGACGAGCAGCAUAUCGGAAUAUUUGGAGACAUUGCCGGAAUGGUGCUUGGAGGAAUUUCUCGAUCCUUCCGCCGUUGCCAAUCACUUCUGUAAGCUUAAUGCAAUUUGCGAAUCAGAAUCUGGAGAGCCAGCAAGAAUCGUUAGGCACAAUCAGACUUGGCAACACCUCGAAAUUUGUAGGUAAAAUUUCUCAAACUACAUCUUGGAAUGGAGCUAAAAUCUCCAUGACAACUUGUAAAGAUGAAAAAAUGGCACGGUUGCUGAUCAGAUCAUCAGCAGCUUCGGAUCUGAAACAAAUCUGGUAAAUUUUUAACUGGUUAUGAUGAGAUUGGAAUCGAAAUCAAUUUGUUUGUUUGGUUUGA